GAUGUGCCAAGUUAUUAUACAGGUUGCUGAAGGGUGAUGCUUCCGAUGACAGGUUGUCCUCCCCUGCCUCGCCGUAUUCCUGUUCGGACUUGUCCACUCGCACGGCGUGUGUGUGCCGCGUAUGUUGCUUCGUCGUCUCAUACAAAAAGACAUACAUUCUAUACAUUUCACAUUUUUCUUAACGCCAUUCGGCAAUUUUUUUUUACUAGUUUAACAAUUGUAGUAGUAAAUUAGUCGCCGGUUACUAAUUUUCGUUAAACGUGCUGUGAUUAUUUGUGAUUUUAUUAUAAACAAAUAUAUAUUAACUAAAAUGAGUUCAAUGCAAGUCGAGGCAUCACCUCAAGCAGGUAGUUUUAAUUGGAGAAAAAGACUGCGCCAGGAUUCAGGAUCGGGCUCGGAGUCUGAGAGAAAGACUCCUAGGUUACAAUGGAAAUACAUUACAUUGGAAAGCGAGAGCCCCCAGCCUUCAGAAGAAGACACUGAGAGUGUCUAUAGCGUGCAGGGACAAGAAACUGAAUUCUGCAGAGACACGAGUGACACAGACUCAUCGGACAGUUGGAGCAGUUACAGUGUCGAUGUGGGUGACAUAUUGAUGAGAGUCGAAUACGAAGUGGACAGUGAUUGUGACAAAGAGGAGAAGUUUGUGUUCGGUGAUGGAGACGCUAGCUCCAGUGGAACAGAGGGUGUAGUUGAAACUGCAACAGAUUUAUUAGUCGCAGCUAUCUGCGAUAGUGAUCUUGCGAUAUGGGCAGACACAGAGGACAGUAAAUCGGGGUACUCGACGGAUUCGGAGUUGGGUCGAGCGGAUUUCUGGACGUGUAUACAGUGUAAAAGUAAAAAUAAUAAUCCUCUGUUUCGAUAUUGUGAGAAAUGUUAUCAAACGAGAAAGAAUUUCUUUCCUCCACGACCAAAAGGCAGGAAGAAGAAGAGGAGUUUGGCGGGGAAGUACGAGUCCCAAAGGAAUUGUUCCACAACGGCGGAAGAAGAUGCGCCAGAAAAUCAAUUCUCCCGAAUCCAGAGCCAAGACUCAGGCAUAGCCACGAGCCUGAGCCAGGAAAGCAUCGAUUUAAUGGACCUGGGAAAGAUAAAAAUCCCCGAAAACUCUUGAAGCAAACCCAACUGUAUCAAUCUUUAGCCGAAGACACAAAACCAGGCAGCAGUCGUGACGACGGUUCAUUGGUAAGUUUGGACUUGGUAAGAACAGAUCAAAAAGUCGUAUUAUAUUCUAAGAAGAAUAAAGAUAACCAGGA